CAGCUUCCUUCCAACACUUAUCUGGUACCUGUUGCGUAGCAGCUAGCUAGCAAGACCUGAAGCAGAAGCAGCAGCAGCAGUUCCAAGUGCCUUCAGAAACGCACUGGUAAGUUUGUCGCUGCUAGCAACACCGAAACUUAGCGUGCCCGCUCCUCCGAAAGUUAGUCGAAAGAUAUGCCGAUCGAGGUCGAUAGCGUGCCGGCCGCCGACCUCACCGGCCAGGGCCGCACGGUGUGUGUCACCGGCGCCGGCGGGUUCAUCGCGUCGUGGCUCGUCAAGCGCCUCCUCCAGAAGGGGUACACCGUGCGCGGCACCGUCCGCAACCCUGUUGAUCCGAAGAAUGACCACCUGAGAGCUUUCGACGGCGCCGCCGACCGCCUGGUCCUCCUCCGGGCCGACCUGAUGGAGCCCGAGACACUCGUUGCCGCAUUCACCGGCUGCGAUGGCAUCUUCCACGCCGCCUCCCCCCUCACCGACGACCCUGAGAAGAUGCUCGAGCCGGCAAUCCGCGGGACCAACUACGUGCUGACGGCGGCGGCCGACCUGGGCAUCAAGCGCGUCGUCUUCACCUCCACCAUCGGCACUGUGUACAUGAACCCCAACAGGGACCCCGAGAAGCCCGUGGACGACAACUGCUGGAGCGACAUCGAAUACUGCAAGAAGACAGCGAAUUGGUACUGCUACGCGAAGACGAUUGCAGAGCAGCAGGCAUUCGAGUUGGCGCGGCAGCGGGGCAUCGACCUGAUCGUGAUAAACCCAGUGGUGGUGCUUGGCCCGCUGCUGCAAACGACGGUGAACGCGAGCGCGGCGCACGUGCUCAAGUACCUGACGGGGUCGGCCAAGACGUACGUGAACGCGGCGCAGGCCUACGUGGAUGUCAGGGACGUCGCCGAGGCGCACGUCCGCGUCUACGAGGCACCCUCCGCGUGUGGCCGCUACAUCUGCGCCGAGGGCACCACCCUCCAUCGCGGCGAGCUCUGUCGCGUCCUCGGCAAGCUCUUCCCGGAGUAUCCCGUCCCAAACAAGUGUAAGGACGAGGUGAACCCACCGGCGAAAGGAUACAAGUUCACCAACCAGAGGCUCAAGGAUCUGGGGAUGGAGUUUGUGCCGGUGCUGCAAAGCAUAUACGAGAUCGUCAAGAGCAUGCAGGAGAAAGGGAUGCUGCCGGUGCUACCCACUCAAGACGACGACGUUCUCCAGGACAAGCUCCUGCUCAAGAGCAGCUGAUCAAGCGCGCGUACUAUAUGCAUGGAAUUAAGGCCCGGUCGGCAGGCCGGUUAUAAUCAUUUCAUACGGGAGCUUUCGGCUGGCUAAUCAUACUAUUUAUGUGACAUGUUUGUCCAUUCGGUUAUUUCUUCGGUACAUCACUCACGCGCGUGUUCACUUUUAGUUGGUGCAUGCGUGCGUGUGUGUGAGUGGGUUGGUGAUCAUAUCCACCAGUGCUGUAUGACUAGUACACACACUAUGUACUAUUAUGCAUUGUAAUAUAAAUCAAUGGCCUACAAUAACCGGACUACUUUCUGCGA